AUGUCCGCAGCGAUCUUACGCAUCGUCGGCUGGUCUAUCUUUCACCGGUCUCCGCCUGAUCCGCGAACACCUGCUUACGCACUACACUACCGACUUACUUUCGCAGCAGUUGUCCUUUGUUAUCUUAUCUAUAACUUCUUGGAUGCUUCCGGAAGCAUCACAAACAACUUUUACGAGCUACUCGGCGUAUAUCCGAACUCCAGUGAUGCUACCCUGAAGACGGCAUUUCGCGGAUUCGCAAGGAAAUACCACCCAGAUCGAGUAGGUCCGUCAGGAGAAGCAUUGUUCAUCGAGGUAAGAGAUGCUUUCGAAGCCUUGAAGGACCCGGUGGUCAGGUUUGCAUACGACAGAUUCGGACCUGAUGUUCUGAAGUGGAAAGAGUGUACAACAAUGCGCGAGUAUCUCCGACGCGGGCUACUGAGCUCAUCAUUGUACCAUGUCAUGACUGGUGCUGGUCUCAUUCUUUUCUCAGCUAUCGGAAAGCCCAGUCCAAUAGCAGCAUGGCGUUAUCUUCUUUUUCUUUCCCUUUUUGCAUCAGAGCUCUAUCUCCUUCUUGCCCCCUCGCCUUCCACGUUACCGCCGAGCCCAUUUGUUGAUGCAGCAACCUCGCAUGCCAUGAUCCUCGAUGUUAUAUUUCCUAAACGGACUGUAUACCAACAUGUUCUUCUCCUCCAUCAGGUCUUCUUUUUCCUUUCAGUUGCAUUGUCCCGUGUGGCCCCAGUCCUGUUUCCCUCGCUGAUGCGGGGAGAUCCUAUCAUGGAUCAGCAGAUCGUGCGUGCGAUGGCCGAGAGACUUGGUGCGCUGGCAAAGACAACAGAACGGGAGUUUUCGAUUAUGUUGGAUACGGAAUUGCUCGCAAUCCAUGAAACACCUAUGGUCACUUCUGAGUUGAGCACGCUACCUCAGCCGCGCGAGAUCCUCAAGAGUGACAUCAUGCAUACUUUGACCAUGGAGAUGGAAGAUGUUGUUGUGGAGAAUAAGCUAAAGUCGGAAGUCGGGCCUGUGAAGACUGCAUGGGACAUCGCUGUUCAAGGUCGGCGAUUACGAGAAAUAGCGGAUAAACUGCCAUCGCAAUCACCAGAAACAGGUCAAGUGAAGAUAUACAACCGCGCUCGAUCUUUAUCAGUUUUAACGCUUUAAGUAUUUUGAACCUGCAAAAAAAAUGUG